ACUAGGGUGCAAACUGAGUCAACAGAGCAUGGGGAGUUGUUUUAUUGGAGAAGUAGACACACCACAGUAGACUGGUUACCAAAAGUGAGUACUUAACUGAAAAUGUGAGCAUUAUUUGUGCUUAUCAGCAAAUGAGCACUCACCCUCAGACCCCUGAAAUAAUGCAACCACUGGUUUUUAUUGUUUAAAUAAAGUUUAUAAAGAGAAAGAAAGAGAAGGGAUUAAACGAAGAAUCUGCUAAAAUGGGGAGCCCUGAAAUAGCCGGCCAUCAGUUGAGGUGAAGAGGCACAACUUGUUCUGCUAAGGGUGUAACCAGCAGAAGAUUGUGGUCUACAGGAACAGAUGACCACAUGCUGCUGUUUACUAUCAUUAGUUGGAUAUUUUUUUCUUCUGUGGGUGCCUGGACUUACCACUAUGGGCAGAUGCCCCCGAAGAACUGGGACAUGGCAAGAAGAUAUUGCCAGGAGCAUUAUACUGACCUAGUAGCAAUCCAAAACAAAGAAGAAAUUGCCUAUCUCAAUGCUACCAUUCCAUACUACCGCACGUACUACUGGAUUGGGAUCCGGAAGAUUAAGAAUGUUUGGACCUGGGUUGGAACGGGCAAGAUCCUGACAAAGGAAGCAGAAAACUGGGCUUCUCGGGAACCCAACAACAGACGGUCUGGAGAAGACUGUGUUGAGAUAUACAUUAAAAGGCCUGUGGAAUCUGGAAAAUGGAAUGAUGAACGUUGUACUAACAAAAAACUGCCACUGUGCUACCAAGCUUCCUGCCAGCCUUCCUCCUGCAGUCAGCAUGGGGAGUGUGUGGAGACCAUUGGGAAUUAUACCUGCCAAUGUUAUCCUGGCUUCUAUGGGCCAGAGUGUGAAUAUGUUGUGAAAUGCAAGGACUUGGAUGCUGCACUUAGACCACUGCGCAUGAACUGCAGUCAUCCUCUGGGGAACUUCAGUUAUAACUCCAGCUGUGGCUUCAGUUGUGAUGAAGGGUUUGAAAUGAAUGGCCUGGCCACUUUGCAGUGCUUGCCGUCUGGGAGCUGGUCAGCAGAGAUACCGCAGUGUGUAGCUGUCCAGUGCUGGCCAUUAAGAAUCCCUGUUCAUGGAGACCUCAUCUGCUCUCACAGCAAAUUCCAGUACCAGACUAGCUGCAACUUUAGCUGUGCAGAGGGCUUUCUGCUAAGUGGAGUGGAGACCACUAGAUGUGAAGCAUCUGGAGAAUGGAGUUCCCUGGAGCCAAUAUGUCAAGUUAAGCAAUGUCCAGAAAUCGAGUUACCCACAAGAGGAACCAUGGACUGUGUAAAUCCAGUGGGCGACUUUGCUUACAACUCCACCUGUGAUUUUGGUUGUGAAGUUGGCUUUCAGCUCCGUGGCCCCAAGACGUUGCACUGCAGUGCAUCUGGCCAGUGGACAUCCUCUGUACCUGUUUGUCACGCGGUUCAGUGCCAGCUGCUGCAGCCUCCUGCUUAUGGUAACAGCACCUGCUUCGAUUUCCAUGGGAAAUUUCAGUACCAGUCUCUCUGCACCUUCCACUGCGCUGAAGGGUUCCAGUUACUUGGAGAAAAGGUGACGGAGUGCACAGCAUCUGGAGAAUGGACAGCUGCAGUCCCAGCGUGCCAAGCCAUGCAGUGCCACAGUCUGGAGACACCCAAGCAAGGGAGGGUGACCUGCUUUCAUCCAAAUGGAGAGUUUGCAUUCCAAUCUACCUGUGAGUUUGCCUGCGAGGCUGGAUUUACCUUGGCUGGAAGAAAUUCAACCCGCUGCUUAGCAACUGGGAACUGGACUGCUCCGUUGCCAACAUGUCAGGCUGUUGAGUGCCCCAAACUGGAUGUCCCCAAGAAUGGAGAAUUUGACUGCUCUCAUCCACAUGGAGACUUUGCAUACAGCUCCAGCUGCACUUUCUCCUGCAAUACAGGGUUUGUGCAAGUUGGAGCAGAGCAACUUCAGUGCACAGCUCUGGGAAUGUGGACGGAGAAACCACCCUUAUGUGAAGCUGUCCAGUGCCCAUCCCUGCAAACUCCAGACAAUGGCAAGGGAAACUGCUCUCAUCCAUACGGCCGCUUUGCCUAUCACUCCAGCUGCAUCUUCUCCUGCAACUCUGGCUUUGAGCCGGUUGGGUCGGAGGAGCUCGAGUGCACAGAUCAGGGAAACUGGAGCAGAGAUGUGCCCAUUUGUGAAGCUGUCAAGUGCCCAGGUCUACCUAAGCCCGACAAUGGCCACUUAAAUUGCACCCACCCUUUUGGGCACUUUGCAUACGGCUCCAGCUGCAACUUUUCCUGCAGUGCUGGGUUUCAGCUGCUUGGAUCAGAGAUGCUUGACUGCACAGCUCAAGGCCGCUGGACUGAACAGCUGCCGCAGUGCCAAGCUGUCCGGUGCCCAUCCCUGCAAACUCCAGACAAUGGCAAGGGAAACUGCUCUCAUCCAUACGGCCGCUUUGCCUAUCACUCCAGCUGCACCUUCUCCUGCAACUCUGGCUUUGAGCUGGUUGGGUCAGAGGAGCUUGAGUGCACAGAUCAGGGAAACUGGAGCAGAGAUGUGCCCAUUUGUGAAGCGGUAAAGUGUCCCCACCUGAAUGCUCUGGGGAAGAUGAAGAUGAAUUGCUCUGGUCCCUGGGACUCCUUCCGAUAUGGGUCAACAUGUCUCUUCCAGUGUGCUGAGGGCUACAACCUCAAUGGAACAAGCAGCAUUCAGUGCCAGGCCGAUGGCCAGUGGUCUCCCAAGAUGCCUGUUUGUCAAGAAAUUGUUGCCCCUUAUUACACAAAAGCUCUGCUUUAUACUGGGGGAGCCACAGUAUCGGCUGUUGCCCUCGUGCUUUCUGGGAGUCUGAUCGCUCUGGCUAUCAGACGCUUCAGGAAAAAAGGGGAAAAGAAAAGGCUCCUUGACCAUACCAGUGAUUUGGGAGCACCUGGUGUAUUCUCCAACGCAGGCUUCAGCUCUGCUUUUUAAGAACUCAUCUGGAUCAUGUCCAUGGAAGAAAAGUGCUGAUGCAAUGGGACUUUCUUGCAAUCUCAUUAAUCUGUGCCACCACUGUCAGUGAGAGCUUCUGCUGCCUGGUUGCUGGAGAUGGAAUAAAUUCAUGCUUCAGAAUACCAGGGAAGUCUUCUUGUGCUCAGGUCCUGCUUGCAGGCUUUCUGCAGGCAUCUGUUCUGCCUCUGUGAGAACAGGAUUCUGGACUAGUUGGGUCAUUGGCCUGAUCCAGCAAGCCCUGCUUACAUUCAUGCCUCCAGUCAUCAUCCGCACUGUGGUGUUUAAUGGAUUUCAAAUUGUCUCAGCAUUUGCCUUCAUCACCUGUCUAUCUUAGAUGACCUGCAUUCUUCUUAUUCUGCCAGACUCCUGCCAACUUUCAGCAUUAAGAACCAUUAUCAUUAAAAGGUCUUGCAAAGAUGCUGUUGCUGAAAAACUUUGUCAAAAUCUGCUGUAAAAUAUUUCUGGACAUACUGAUUUCUCUUUCUUCACCCAGACUUGGUUUCAGAUCCUGUUGUAAGGCUGCCUUUAAAAAAAUAAUAAUACCCAAACAUUAAAACAAACGUGGGGAUCACUGCCAAGAUACGACUAGAUCAUGUAAUAUGCACAUACCGUGCUAGUAAAACCUACCUUUGCCUUGCUGUCCAGACUAGGAAAACAUUGUUAAUUUGUGGGCACAAACUAUACUAUGGAGAAUGCCAGCUGCCCUCAGAACAGGAACGUCUUUUUUUAAAAGGAAAUGAAAGAGAACAUGCUCCAAAGCUGAAUUCUGCAGUCAGCACCACAUUCUGCACUUGUAAAUUUUAAAUUGACUGCCUAUGAGGCUGCAGUCAAAUUUUUCUAGUGUGCCAUUGAAUACAUGGCAGCUUAAAAAAACUUUUCGUGUACUUUGUUAGCACAGGCAAACCUAGCAGCUUAGCACAUUUUCCACUGGCUACCAGCUAUAUCCACAGGUAGAAUAGAAACACAAGAAGCAAAUGCCACUGCUUGGGUUCAAAUCCUCAUUCAGCUCUGAAGCUCAUUAGGCGAGGUUGGCCUGUUACACUUAGCCUAACCUACCUCACAGCCUUGUUGCUGGGAUAAAAUGUGAAUUAGGUAUGGUUCCCCAAGCUUCUUGGUGGAAUGGCAGAAUAAAAAUGUAGUAAUGUCUGCGGACAAACGCCAGCUCCCUCAGCCUGUAAAGCGAGAUGAGCGCCGCAACCCCAGAGUUAUCUGCGACUGGACUUAACUGUCAGGGGUCCCUUUACCUUUAAUGUUUCUCCCCCUCAACAUUAUUGGGAUUUUCCAAUAGAUACUGUGCUCUGAUACUAGAGCACAAUAGAUUAGUAGAUCUUAAAUAUAUCAGUAGGCAUAGUAGCAUAUCUAAUAAGAGACAUGAUUAAAACAAACAAUUUUACCAAAGCUAUUUUAAUAUUUGGCAUAGAUACAGAAGAAUAUUGAGCUCAGAAUUCUCAACACUGACAGCUAUAUGUUAUCAUGAGAAAUCAAAAGACAAACGUAUGCUAAGUCAUUUGCAGUUACAGAGAGAAAGUGAAUUGAUUUAGUGGAUAAAGUUAUUUAAAGAUAGAAUUUUGAAGUCUUAUGAUUACUGAACUGAGACAAAUCCCUCAUUUCUUUCAGUAUUUGCAAACAACGUAUUAUUAACUGUCUAGUAUUAAAUAAAUCUGACCCUCUCAGAGAGAGAACAGUUCAAAGAACUAAUAUCAGAAGACCAUACACAGCACCUGGUUAAGUACAUUUUGCAGUAUUAUAAUACUGCAAAUAGAUGAAUCCAAAAAUACCCAUCAACAGAGCUG